UAACAUCAAUACAAUAUGUUGAUGUUAGUUCAUUCUCCAGGUUGCAGACUGAAUCAACAGACAGUGGAUGUGACUGGAAUCGUGGGACAGUCUGUCCUUCUGCCCUGCUCCUGCUCUGAACUACAAGCCAAACCACACACUUUCAGAUGGAGCUUUUAUAAAGGAUCUGAUGUCAUAAAUAUCUUCCCAAAGGAGCAGACAAAUUACACAGACAGAGUUCAGGUCUUUAAUGUUCAUCCUCCAGGAAAUCUCUCUCUACUCAUAUCACACCUGACUGUAGAGGAUGGAGGAUGGUACAGGUGUGAGAUCAACAACAAAAUCAGUACAGACAUCAAACUCACAGUAAAAGGGGCACCAACAAGACCUUCAUCAUCCACACCAGUGAUCACAACAACUUCACCUCAUUCCAGACCAGGGAUAAACUCUCAAAACAAUAAUCAUCUGUCAGAUCCUCUCAAUACCACCAUCAUCAUCUGUACUGCUGUUGGGGUUUUGCUGCUGCUGCUGAUACUUGGGUUGGUCAUCUUCUGGAAACACAGAGUACAGAGACGAGGACAGAUCGAGAUUAAUGAUGGACAAGCAGGACAGAAGAAGGAGCAGAAUGAUUCUGAUGCUCUGUACACCACCAUGGAUCCAAAAACUAAACACAACAAAGAAGAAGAACAGGAUGGUUUGCUGUACUCGACUGUAGUCCACAGUAACACUGUGAGAGCAGCACACACUCCUGUGGCAUCAGAAGAAGUUACAGUAUACGCCAGCAUCAAAACUAACUAACACACACACACACACACACACACACACACACACACACACACACACACACA